UCUUCUUCAUCUUCUUUCUUUCUUUCUCCACUUUAUUAUUCUAAACUGUUUAUUCUUCUUGGGAGACUAAUUGUACACAAUAUAAUGCACUCAACUCAACCUCCACUCACUCAUGAAAAUAAUGAGGUUUCUGCCCAGGUUGAUAUCCAAAUCGAGGCCCCCUCAAAUGAUAAAUUUUCAAAUACAGCACCAAGUGCAAAGCGCUCCGAUCUUUCACUUCAAAUACCCCCUAGGCCAAUAGGUUUUGGUAGUAGCAGAAGUGGAAAGUUACCACUCCAGUCUCAAGGUUCAAUUAAAGGUAGUUUAUCACCUGGAGGUUUCUUGCGGGGUUUAAGCUUUAAGAAGAAAGGUCUUGUACCUGAAGGCGAAAGAAGCUCCCUCCUCGGUACUGACUCUCAGACAGCCUUGGAAAGUCCUAUUGUAGCCAAUAUUUCAUCUGCAUUUUCUGGGGAAAGAUGUACAUCUCUUCCUGUUACACCUGCAUCAAACUUGUCCCCCUCGGUUUCUUUGCCUGCUUCAGCAAGAACAUCUCGUGAACAGCAGAAAUCAAAUAAAGGGGCAGCACCUGCCGUAGUUUCAAGGUCCCUGUCUGUACCUGGAAGAAAUGUCAUUAUUGUGAGAUCCGUAUCUUUUCCAACCCCUAAAGAGCAUGACAUGACAGAUACUAAAGAUGAUCAAAUAAUUCCUGCUCCCACAGAAGACAGUGAUGAGGAGAUUGCUGAAGAGGAAGCUGUGUGCCGCAUCUGUCUUGAUGUAUGUGAGGAAGGAAAUACUCUCAAAAUGGAAUGCAGUUGCAAAGGUGCCCUUAGACUUGUCCAUGAAGAAUGUGCAAUUAAAUGGUUUACCACAAAAGGAAACAAAAACUGUGAUGUCUGUGGGCAAGUGGUGCAAAACUUACCUGUAACGUUGCUUCGGGUGUCAAGCUCUGCUCAAAGGGACAAUAGGCAGGACCGUAAUCAACAGGCUUUACAUUCACAAUCAGUAAGUGCCUGGCAAGACUUUGUGGUGCUUGUCUUAAUUAGCACAAUCUGUUAUUUCUUCUUCCUUGAGCAGCUGCUGAUACAUGACUUGAAGACUCAAGCAAUUGUACUUUCAGCACCAUUUGCACUUACCUUGGGCCUUUUAUCAUCAAUCUGUGCAGUCAUUUUAGCAAUCAGGGAGUAUAUAUGGACUUAUGCGGCUCUUGAGUUUGCUCUAGUGGCCAUACUUGUCCACUUCUUCUAUUCUAUUCUUCAUCUCAAGGCCAUUUACUCGAUACUGCUUUCAUCAGUUUUCGGUUUCGGCACAGCUAUGAGCCUCAACUCAUUAUAUAUCCAAUAUUUUGCUUGGCGUGUUCGAGUUUCCGAGAAUUCUAGCCCAGCAUGACUAAAUACCAGAGGGAAACAGUGUCAUGCAAUUUUGGGCUGUUUAUUUACUGAUGAGGUUGGCAUUUGCAAAUUUGUUAGCACGAGGAAAAUCAACCCAAGCCGUGAAAAAUAUUUAGUAACAUUGUUAAGUAUUUC